AUGGCGGCCCGCCACCACAAAGCACUGAACAAAUGGGUUGCGAGACUCAUACCGGGCAUCCUCCUGGGUCUCAUUGGUUACAGCGCAUAUGUGAUCACAAAAGUGAUCGCAAUAGACUACCUCAUCACUCCCUCGCCAGGCCUUCCUAUACAGCGUCGACCUGGGUCUGCUGCUGGGAUAUUGCUAUUCUACUAUCUCCUCCUCAUACCUCUUCUUAUCUGCUACACUCGGCUCAUCCAGACAAUCAUAACCAACCCUGGCUAUGUGCCACGAGGCGCAGAAUGGUAUCAACAACGCAAGGAAGAAGCCGCAGGUGCACGAAGAAAGCACCGUCGAGGUUAUCAGAGCCAGAGAAGAUCUUUGCCACAUGACACCGAAAAACCUCCACAGCAGCCACAACCAUGGCGAGUCGAUACCCAAGACCUGGAAUCUGGUGGUUCGAACCACAGCAGUCUCACCACGCACAAGAAGCAUGCGAACCACUUCUCCCAUAGCCACAACAAUUCCACCGACAUCCCCUUCUGGCAGCGCGACAUCUUCGUCUGCAACCCUGAUGGCCGGCCGCCCUUUUGCUCCAGCUGCCUAACCCACAAGCCGGACCGCACCCACCACUGCAGCGAAGUGGACCGCUGCGUGCUGAAAAUGGAUCACUUCUGCCCCUGGGUCGGUGGUAUCGUAUCCGAAACAUCCUUCAAAUACUUCAUCCAGUUCAAUGUCUACGCCGCUUUCUUCUGCAUUAUGGUCUUGACGACCAUCUCUGUUUUCAUAGCCGAGAGGAGGAGGAUUGACCCAGGGUUCCUGAAUGUACAUUACUUCCUUCUUCUGGGGAUAUCAGCCCUAUUCACACUAUUCUCGCUGGGCAUGGCGGGCAGCUCGAUACAACUUUCGCUCAUCAACUCGACGACAGUGGAGAAUCUAAAUCGGAGAAGUAAAGUCUGGUUCCUAGCCGUGCUAAUCCCCAGAAACGAAGACGGCACAUUACCGUCCCUCCCACCACCACAAUCAUCCAAGCCAGGAGUUGGCGGAUUCAGACCUACGCCUCGAUUCCAAACAAUUACCUAUCCCCGCCCACCAGAAGAAGAGCAGUUUCUUAUCCACCAAGCACGUAGCCAGCAGGGUCAUAGCAGGAAUCUCCCGCCCGCGGAUCCUUCCAGCACCAUAAACACCCGUCCAUCUACCACCCCACCGACCCUCCCAUCGCAACAGCCCCGCACAUUCGCCAUCCUCUCCACCCAACCAGGCGAAAACCCCUUCGACAUCGGGCCCUGGGAAAAUAUUCGCCAGGUCAUGGGAUACAGUCUCUCUGAGUGGCUCUUUCCCAUCAGGCAAUCGCCUUGUGGCGAGCAUAGAGGUAGGGUGAGUGCGUUUAAGAUUAAUAAGGAAUUAGUGAGAAGGUUGACGGAGGAGGCGGGGUUCAUGGGUGUGAGGCGUGAAAGGGAUAGCCGCAGCCGGAGUGGUGGUGAAAGUGGAAUGGGAAGUGGAAGCGGUGAUGGAAGCGGCAGUGCAGCAGAGGAUUUUGGGAGUAGGAGGAAGAAAAGACGGAGGAGAAGGUCGAGGCAAGCGAGCAGGAGGGAUGAGGGUGAGGAGGGCGUAAGGUGA